AUGACCUGCAUGACUUCGAGUUUCUUGAUGGGUCUCUCGGCUUGGCUCGUUUGGGCUGAAGGUGGAUUCCACGGGAACCCAACGGCUCUCUAUCUUUACUUGGCUCAGCUUGUCUUGAUUUCGGCUUGGGACCCGACUGUGUUUCAAAUGGCACCGCCGUGGGUUGGAUUGCUUGUUUGUUUAGCUGCGUUUGGAACUGUUGUUGGAUGUUCUCGACAGUUCAAAGAGCUGAAUCCCAUUGCAGGCAAUCUGGUUAAGCCCUGUUUGGCAUGGGCUUCGCUUUUAGCCAUUGUAAAUCUUAAACUCCUUUUUCUUUGA